CCACUGUCAAACCACAGUAGGAACAGAGUAUAGCAAAGAGAAAAUAGAGACUUAGUGUGAUUGACGGCUGGGGCCCAGGCAAUGGCAAACGAGUGUAGACCUGCCUGCCAGCACUAGCCCCAGAGGGAAUUGCACCAGGGGAGACGUCGUGGAGCUAGCUAGCCAGUCGGCAUGUGCUGUUGCUGAAUGGCUAACGAUAGGCGUUAGAACGAAAUGCAGAAUUCGCACGGGCAAUCCAGCAGUGGUGUUCCAGAGAAGGUGACGUGGAAAACCAACGACAGUAUAUUCCAGGACAAGACAGAAUUGUGCCGUGAUCAGCAGAUGGAGGACAAACCCAGCCUGCUGCUCUCCUUCCACACUGAACCCAAACAAGAGUCACUGGAUUCUGAUUGUGACAGUAAAGCUCAGUGUUCAUUGGUGGAUUCAGAGGUGACGUCAGUGAAUCUAGAAGGCUGCAUUCCACCGCUGGGACCGAAUGAGAUUAAAUAUGAAGAGGUGGAGGAGAAGAUUGGGAUUAUCAUGAAUAAAGAAGAGACGUUUGGGGAUUUAACUAAUCAUGAUGAGAUUCCAGAAGUGGAGAUAUUUCUUACAUUUGGAGAGCAAAACCAGGAAGACUGCAAAGUCUGCCCCCAUUGUAAAAAACAUUUCUUAUCUUUGUCAAAGCUCAAAAGACACAUUAACACACAUACUGGAGAGAAGCCAUACUCCUGUUCUGACUGUGGGAAGUCUUUCAUUAGAUCAUCUGAUCUUACUAAUCAUCGGAGAGUGCACACAGGUGAGAAGCCUUACUCCUGUUCUGACUGUGGGAAGUGUUUCAUUAGAUCAUCUGAUCUUACAAAUCAUCGGAGAGUGCACACAGGUGAGAAGCCUUACUCCUGUUCUGACUGUGGGAAGUGUUACUUUAGGUCAUGUCAUCUUAGUGGUCACCGAAGAGUGCACACAGGUGAGAAGCCAUACUCCUGUUCUGACUGUGGGAAGUGUUUCAUUAGAUCAUCUGAUCUUACUAAUCACAGGAGAGUGCACACAGGUGAGAAGCCAUACCCCUGUUCUGACUGUGAGAAGUGUUUCUCUCAAUUAGGCAAUCUUAAAGUUCACCAGCGCAUACACACUGGAGAGAAACCUUAUUCCUGUUCUGACUGUGGGAAGAGUUUCAUUAAAUUAGCUCAACUUUCUAGUCAUCAGAGAGUGCACACAGCAACCUUAAAGUUCACCAGCGCAUACAUACAGGAGAGAAACCUUAUUCCUGUUUGGACUGUGGAAAGAGUUUUAUUAAUUUAUCUCAAUUUACAAGUCAUCAGAGAGUACAUACAGGAGAGAAGCCAUACUCUUGCUCAGACUGUGGGAAGAGUUAUUCUCAAUUACACAACCUCAAACUUCACCAGCGAGUACAUACAGGGGAGAAGUCUUACUCCUGCUGAUGAUUCACAACUGUAGAGUUCUGAAAAACUUUGAAUAAAUGCUUCAUCAACUUAAAUACAUGGAUGUCAGAACAUUUCUUAACUAAACUAGGAUACAACAAAAGUUUUGGUUCAAUGAAUAUUCCCUAAGUUAAGUUGGCCUUUACUUCAGCAGUGAUGAAUUCAUGAACUUUGUUGAAAAGCUCAUUUUCAUUAGAAAACUAAUAACCAACUCUUCCCUAAAUAAGCAUAGUCCUUAAAUACUCAAUUGAGAAUGCACAGAACUUUUGGAUCAUUGGGGACAUUUAAACUUUUUAAUCCUGUUAUUGCUCAACAAGUUCACUAACCUAACGAUGAGGUCUAAACCCACCAGCUGUAAACUGGACCCUAUUCCAACCAAACUACUUAAGGAGCUACUUUCCAUGCUUGGUCUGACCAUGGUAAACAUAAUAAAUUGUUCUCAAUCCUCUGGAUUAGUACCAAACUCAUUGAAAGUGGCAAUUAUAAAACCUCUUUUAAAGAAAUCUAAUAAUGUUACAGAUAAUUUAAACCAUAAUUGGCAAAUAUCCCGUUCCUCUCACAAAUUUGAAAAACCUUUUUCCCAGCAAUGAAAUUAUAUAUUUCUUUAACAAAAAUAUUUACAAAAUGCUCCAGUCCAGUUUUAGACCCCAUCAUUCUACUGACACAACAUUUGUGAAGGUGGUAAAUUACAUUUUAUAGGCAUCAGUAAAAGUUUAUGCGAUUGUCCUCAUGAGUCUUGACUUUAGUGCUGAUUUUGCAGAGAUUAAAAACCCAUGUUAAUUCAGAAUGUUGCUGUUAGAGUCCUUAAAAAAGCCCAAAAAGAGAGCACAAUAUAUAUUUUAAGUCCCUGCAUUGGCUAUUGGUUAGUUUUAUAAUCAAUUAUAAAAUUGCUUUUUUUUAAGAACUUUAUAGUAUUGCACCUUAAUAAAUAUCCAAUACUUCUUCCACUUGUGACAUUAUUAAAUAAGGUCUUGAAACGCACUUUUUAGCCUUUCAUUCGUU